CUUUUAUUGUUCUACUGGCUGAGUCAUCAUGUCGGCUCUGACGCCUCAAAGCGAUAUGCCAACCCCCACCACAGACAAGAUCACGCAGGCUGCCAUGGAGACGAUAUAUCUUUGCAAAUUCCGGGUGUCCAUGGAUGGAGAAUGGCUGUGUUUGCGAGAGCUGGACGACAUUUCUCUGACACCCGACCCUGAACCUACCCAUGAAGACUCUUGGGAGGAUUUGACAGAUUUGGUGGAGCAAUUGCGCGAUGAUACAGAAGAUCCCAAUUAUCUCAUGGCGAAUGAACGCAUGAACCUGAUGAAUAUGGCAAAACUGAGUAUAAAGGGCUUGAUUGAAUCUGCACUUAAUCUGGGCAGGACGCUGGAUUCUGACUAUGCACCCCUUCAGCAGUUUUUUGUAGUAAUGGAACACUGCCUUAAACAUGGCUUAAAAGCCAAGAAGACUUUUCUGGGCCAAAAUAAGUCAUUUUGGGGACCUCUGGAGUUGGUAGAGAAAUUUGUCCCUGAAGCUGCAGAGAUCACGGCAAGCGUUAAAGAUCUUCCAGGGCUGAAGACCCCUGUGGGCAGGGGAAGAGCCUGGCUUCGCCUAGCACUAAUGCAGAAGAAACUUUCAGAAUAUAUGAAAGCCCUGGUAAACAGAAGGGAACUUCUCAGUGAAUUUUAUGAACCGAACGCGCUCAUGAUGGAGGAGGAGGGGGUCGUAAUUGCCGGCCUCCUAGUAGGCUUGAACGUCAUUGAUGCAAAUUUCUGUAUGAAGGGCGAAGACUUGGAUUCUCAGGUCGGCGUUAUUGAUUUUUCCAUGUACUUAAAGGAUGGGAGCAGUAGCAAAGGCUCCGAGGGAGAUGGUCAAAUCACUGCAAUUCUGGACCAGAAGAAUUACGUAGAAGAACUCAAUAGACAUUUAAGUGCCACUGUCAACAAUCUGCAGGCAAAGGUUGAUGCUUUAGAAAAAUCUAACACGAAACUUACUGGGGAGCUGGCCGUUGCAAACAAUAGAAUUAUAACCCUGCAAGGAGAGAUGGAGAGAAUCAAAGAAGAAAGUUCAUACAUGUUGGAAUCCAACAGAAAGGUCACCAAACAAGACAGAACUGCAGAUGGACACGCCCUGAGCGAAGCACGGAAACAGCUGAAGGAAGAGACGCAGCUACGGCUGGAUGUCGAAAAAGAACUGGAGGUGCAGAUCGGAAUGAGACAAGAGAUGGAGCUGGCCAUGAGGAUGCUAGAAAAAGAUGUUUGCGAGAAGCAAGAUGCCCUGGUGGCUCUCAGGCAGCAACUGGACGAUCUCAGGGCCCUCAAACAUGAACUGUCUUUCAAGCUGCAGAGUUCAGACCUGGGAGUGAAGCAGAGGGCUGAGCUGAACAGCCGCUUGGAGGAGAAGACGAAUCAGAUGGCUGCAACCAUUAAACAACUUGAACAAAGUUCAUGUGGCUCAAAUCCAGAUUGCAGCAGGCGGAGCGAGAGCGCCAGUCCCUGGAGGAAGACAACCGGCUCUUCAAGCUGGAGUUUGGAGACAAGAUUGACAGCCUGCAGCUGGAGGUGGAACAGCUCAGGAAGCAGCGGAGUCAACUCGAACAGGAAUUGAAAUGGGUACGAGACCGGCGGUCGCCUUCUCGCUAUGGGAUUCAGGAAAACAAGAGCUCGCAUGGCCAAGGCAAGGGCUUCCCAAAGAC